GGUGGUCUUUAGCUGGAUUUAAAGUUGGUUCAAGCCCACCGUGAGAGAGUAUGUUCAUACACUGCUACAUCAACUUUGUUUCUUAAAACAAGAGGUGCAAGAUAAACUAUAAAAGUUCUGAACUCCGUCGCCUUCCAACGAGGUAAUUCAUUUAACAUUCGGGGCUUUCUAUUAAAAUCAAGUGGGAUAUACCCUUUUAAAGAAAUUAGAUGAUCAGAAAUUGAUUUAACAUCACUAUUCCCUAAACGAAUUUUUAAAUCACCUUUAUGAUUAAUUCCUGUCCAAAUACACAACAUUUUUCUGACAACACCUAAGCAUAUGAAGAGCACACAGCAAAAACGAUGAAAGUCACUUUUUUUCUAAAAAUGAGUUAAAUAUACGAUAAAAUAGCUGAGAGUCUGUAGUAUAUGCUAGACCGGUUAACACAGCAAGAAUGCUCUUGGUCUCGGAGUUAUAUCGGAAACAAAAAAUGGUGUACACAGCAAAAACGAUUAAAGUCACGGGCAAACAUAGCAAAAACGGUUAACCAACCAAUCCCUUGUCUGCGGUUAACGUCAGUUUUUGACGUUCGUGUUAGUUACGCAUUAGGUUAUAUUUAUUGUUGUUGACAUUGUUGUGUUUUAUAAAGCAAAACAAUACUUAAGCAAAUAGGCACUUCGCGUUGAAUCGUGUAGUUUUGUAGUGUUAAAAUGAAUAUACAAGGACUAAAUGAAGAAAAUAAUAGCAGCGAUUCAGAUACAAUUGAAAAAUUGAAUAUGGGUUCUAAGAAAAGAAAAUCUUUUGGACGAGAAGUAGACGUUAUGAAAAAACUGAGGAUAAGUUCCCACGAGCAGGGCGAAGACUGUAAAUGCAGAAGGUAUAAAUGUUUUGAGAUAUUAGAUUUGCUUGAACGUAAACGAAUUAUAAAGGACUUCAAUGAAAUAUUUUCUAAAGAUGAGCAAAGUUCGUAUUUAACAGGAUUAAUAAACGUUUUACCAAUUAAACAACGUCGCCCAAGACAAAAUGAGGAAUUAGCCAAAUUUCAUGAUAGGGCAUAUUCUUAUAAAGUAAGAACUAUGAAGGAGAAUAAUAUUAUUGAAGUUCCGGUCUGUCGAAAGGCAUUCCUGUCCUUGCAUGGAAUUUCUGGAAGGUGGUUACAAACAAUUCAGCAGUCCUUAAAAAAAUGUGGCAAGUCGCCAAAAGAUAUGAGGGGAAAGUACUCACACACCCAUUGCACCAAACCUCCUGCUACGUUGGAGGCUGUAAAAAAUCACAUAGGUUCUUUUAAAGGCAGACAAAGUCAUUAUAGCCGUAAAAAGUCUACUGUGGUUUAUCUACCGGAGAGCCUUAAUCUAAAGAAGAUGUACAAGAUGUACACAGAUUUAAAUCUUGGAUCUGUGUCGUACGAAUAUUACCGCAAGAUAUUUAAUAACAAUUUUAAUAUUAAAUUCGGUUACCCUCGAAGCGACACAUGCAGUUCGUGUGACAAAUUUACCGCAGAGAAAUUGAGCUUAGAGAGAAAACUUGAAAAUACACUAACGGCAGAAGGAAAAACAGAUCUAAUGCAACAAUUAAAAAAUUUAGAAAUUCAGAAUGAGUUACACCUAAAGAAGGCUGAUGUUUUUUAUGCAAGGAAGAGAGCAGCAAAAAAAAGAAGCAUAAAAGUUAUGGACUACGAAAGCAUUGCUAUGGAUUUCCAAAAGAAUUUUCCACUACCGAAUAUUUCCACUAAUGAUGUAUAUUAUAAACGUCAGCUUUCUUUUUAUUCAUUUAAUAUCCAUGUUCUUUCUACAGCCGAUUCAUACUUCUAUUGCUACUCGGAAAAUGUUGCUGCUAAAGGGUCCGAGGAAGUGAUUUCUAUGCUUCACCAUUUUAUAUUUACUCAGUUAGAUAAAAGAUUAAAACAGCUCGAAAUAUUUUGCGAUUCAUGUGAACCCAUAAAAAUCAGUUUGGAAAAAUGGGAAAACUUACAGCAACUAAAAACGUUUUGUGAAACUGAUGGUGCUUCAGAAUUUUAUGGUAAUCUACCCUACAAAUUAACCAGAAAAGCGAAGAAAAAGACAAAAGAUGUGUUGCAUACACUCAUAGAGACCGACUCUGAGAAAGAUGAAGAAGAAGAGCAAGAACAAAAUAGGUACUCAAAGACGAAGAAAACUGCAGUAAUAAAAAAAAAGAAACUGUUAGCAAGCGUAAAGAGGAAGUAA